AGACGCGCCAGUUCCCCGGACGCCAUCAUGGUCCCAAAGCCAGAUGACGACUAUGACUACCUCUUCAAGGUGGUGCUGAUCGGCGACUCAGGCGUCGGCAAGUCCAACCUGCUGAGCCGCUUCACACGCAACGAGUUCUCGCUGGAGAGCAAGUCGACGAUCGGCGUAGAGUUUGCCACGCGCAGCAUACAGGUGGACGGCAAGACGAUCAAGGCACAAAUCUGGGACACGGCAGGCCAGGAACGGUACCGCGCCAUCACCAGCGCCUACUACCGUGGGGCGGUAGGCGCCCUGCUGGUGUACGACAUCACCAAGCAGACCACGUUUGAGAAUGUGGAGCGGUGGCUGAAGGAGCUGCGGGACCACGCCGACGCCAACAUCGUCAUCAUGCUGGUGGGCAACAAGAGCGACCUGCGCCACCUGCGCUCGGUGCAGACCGAGGAUGCCAAGGCCUUCUGCGAGCGCGAGGGCCUGUCCUUCAUCGAGACCUCGGCCCUGGAGGCCACCAACGUGGAGCAGGCCUUCCAGCGCAUCCUCACCGAGAUCUAUCACAUCGUGUCCAAGAAGGCGCUGGCUUCGGAGGACGGCCCCGCAGCGGCUCCCACCAGCGGCACGGCAAUCAAGGUCACCGAGGCGGCGCCCGAGGCCAAGAAGAAGUCCACCUGCUGCUCCAGCGCCUGAGCAGCGCAGCAGGCGGCAGCACUCAGCAUGCGCAGUGUCACCGCCCUGGCGGCGGCACUGCUUGGCGCUGGGCAUGCCUCCCGGCGGAAGCGCUCCUCUCUCGUGUUCCCUGGCCUCUGGCCUUGCUUGUUUUCCUCUGUGUCUUCUUCCUCCUCUCCAGAAUCACUGCAGCGGCGCACAGCAGCACCCAAUCAAUCAAUGGCCCCAGCAGCAGCAGCGCUGCGGCACCAGGGCCCACUUUGGCAGACUGUGGAGUGGGACCCGCCUGGCUGACUCCUCUUGACUUGUAAC